GCCAAAACCGAUUAACUGACUUGAAACAAUUUUGGAAAAGUGUGUCGUCAAAAUGAUACAGUUAUUACUUGAAAUGGAAUUGUGAUUGAGGAGUUUCCAUAUUGGUUUGGAAUGAAUGACAGUCUGAAAUUGAUCUUGAUAUUUUUUUUGUCAUUUGAGAGAUUUCCUAAUAACAAAAGAUUUUGGAUAAUAUGUGAAUGAAGUUUAAAUUAAGAACAAAGGGGAGUGCUCAAUUUGCUGUAAACUUAGAUUGCAUCUGUGAUUGACAAAAAUAUAGAUACAUUGUUUUGUACCUCUGGCCAAUUGUAAAUUAAAACGACUGUAAAAAAAUCAAACAGAAGUCUUACAUUUACAGGGAGUAUUCAAAAUAGCUGGAGGUUGUGUUUUUAAUCAUGUUUGGAUAACUGCCCUCGUAUUUAUAAGAUGAGAUUUAAAAGGUGAAAAUAAGUCAAUAAAAUAAAAGUGUAUGUGGACAGGAAAGGAUGUUAAGAUUUUCAUUAUUACCUUCAGAAAUGUCGUGGGUAAACAAAGCGUGGAUAAUUGGCCCAUGAAUGUUAAGCUAUUCAGUCAGUUGGACAGUAUCGUAUUUGUAUAUCUGAAUAGGACAUGGAUCAUUCAUGAUAGAAAUCGACUUCAUUUCUGGAAUAUAGAAAUUGUUGCUAUGGAUAUCUAUAAUGUUUCUCUAACUUAAUCACAUUGAAUGGCUACAACAGGGAAUUGAAGCACAUUUUUUUGUUGUAUUUGUAUUGUCAAAGAGUUGAAAUAUUAUAUACUUCAAAAGAAAUGCGCUUUCAGUGAAAUUGCAAAGCCAAUCAACUAUAAUGUUACAUAGAUAUUCAUGACUUUGGAUUUUAAAGCUUAAAUGGGCCAAAUAAGUUAAAAAAUAAAUGCAAUAAUAUCUAAUGGAUUAGUUGUAAUCUAAGGAUUAGCAGUGCCUUUGUACAUUUUCAAGGUUGGUUUGCAUUUAUAAUGGUAACUUUGCCAUCAUUGUAGUAUGAUUGUUGAAAAUAGGUGUUGCCGCACACAAUAAGUACUGAUACUGUCCAGACAUAGCGCUUAUGUGAAAGUAUUGACCAUUUAUAAUAAAACCAAUACACAUUAUACAAUACUGGUGUUGAUUGCCUCAUCUUAGGCUUAUUUCUUAUGGAUUCAAGUGACGAUGUCUUCUUUUUAUUGAUCGGGAGAAAUUUCCUUACUUGUAACAACUGUGUAUGUACACAGUUAAACUGACAAUUGUGUAAAAAACUGGAGUGUGAUAAUACAAAUAAAUUGUUAUGGAAAAUUCUGUAUGGAUUUUGUACCAUUGAAUUGGAUACAGGUAUAUGGAAAAUAAAAAAAGUCAAUAUCUGGAUAGAAACCUGAAUUUAGUACUGUGAUUUGGAUAGUUUGUUUAUCUGGAAAGAAUUUUCAAAAUGAGAACACGUCAACGGGUUUCGUUAUUUGCCUGCUAUUUGCCAGCUGAAGAUAUUGUACCAGUUGGGCCAAGGAUUUUGGAUAUACGCAAUCAACUCAACGAACAAUUAAGAUGUCUCGAAAACCGUCUAGAAAUUCAGGUGGCCAUGGUACAGGAAAUUCAGGAAUUUUUCCGACGGAAAGCAGAAGUAGAACUGGAAUAUUCAAGAAAUUUAGAAAAAUUAGUGAAAAGUACAAAGUUACGGCACCGACAAGAAAAACAAAAACGUGAACAUUGGUCUCUCUUCUCUACAUUUACAUGCUGGCAGCAGUUGUUAGAUAUUACAAAGAAAGAAAGCAGAGAUCAUGGUUCCUUUGGAGAUGUGUGUAAUAACCAGUUAGCUCAUAGGCUUGGUGACAUAAUCGACAAUUCCAGGAGAAUAUUUAAUAGAUGUAAAAAUGUUGGUGAUGAGAGCCAUGAAGAAAUAAUGAAGGCAUUAACAGAGUUGCAAAGUGCUAUGAAGACAUAUCAUGCAUACCAAUCAGACAGUAAGUCAGCAGAAGCCAAGUUGAAAGCUGUAGAAACACAGAAGGCAAAGCUAGAACAACAAUUAGCUGGCAAAAAUGUUACCAGUAAUAGGAAACUUAAGUCAUUUAACAGACAGACAGAAAAGAGAGAAACCAAAUAUAUGGAUAAUAAGAAAAAAGCUUUAAAGGCUAGGAACGACUAUUUGUUAGGUAUUGAAAGUGCUAAUGCUUCCAUCAACAGAUAUUUUGCUGAUGAUUGCUCUGACCUUAUGGAUUGUAUGGACUUUGGAUACCAUAAUUCUGUUCGGUGUUCAAUGUUGGUGUAUCAGUCUUGUCAUAAAAACUUAUCCAAGGGACAUAACAAUGCUUGUGAGGUGGUCAAUAAAUGUGUUGGAGACUUGGAUGCACAGUCUGAUAAACAAAGAUUUAUAGAACUUUACAACUCGGCUUUCAUGCUUCCUAAAAAGUUUGAAUUUCAACCAUAUCGUGGUGAUGAGGUUCAACAAGUUAGUGCUCAGAAAUCAGUUCAGGAUGAUAUAUUACAACGAUACCAUGCAAUUGGUGAUAGGUUACGAGAUUUACGUCUUGAAAAUGAUGAGGUUUGGAAAACUUUAGAAGAGACUGAGAAGUCAUUGAAUGACAAAAUCAACAUUAAAGACUAUGAUGUCUCAACUUUCUUCUUAGAGGAAAACCAUCCUCCAAAGUCUCCACAUGAAGCUGCCAAAAGAAGGGGGGAUAGAAUAGAAUUAGAGGGGUUUUAUUUAGAAAAAUUUCAUAGGUAUACAUUAAGUUGCAAUCAAAUUGCUAGAUUACAGGCCAAGUAUAGUGCAAUACAGAAAGCUCUCGGUGAUAACUUAUCUACCAACUCUGGUAGUCGACCACCUUCACUUCCACCUAAGCCAAAAAAGAGAAGAAUUGGUCGAUCACAGAUGGUAGGACAGCCAAAACUGUUUGGUGGUAGUCUUGAAGAAUAUAUAGAGGCUACCAGCAUGGAUAUUCCUCUUGUCAUUAGAAGUUGUGUUCGGGCAAUUAAUCUUUAUGGGAUGCAUCAUCAAGGCAUUUUCCGUAUAUCUGGUGCUCAAGUAGAAAUUAAUGAAUUUAAAGCUGAAUUUGAAAAAGGAGAUGAUCCCUUGGUAGAUGUAGACCCGAGUGAUAUUAACUCUGUGGCUGGUGUUCUAAAGUUAUACUUCAGAGAAUUACGAGAACCUUUAUUUCCUUUACGUCUCUUUGAGGAACUCAUAUGUUGUAGUCACUUAGGAGAACAACAAAGGAUAGAAAAGAUAAAGGAAUUACUGGCUACUCUACCUAGAUGUAUUAUUAUUGUCAUGAGAUAUUUGUUUGCAUUCCUCAAUCAUUUAUCAGAAUACUCAGAUGAAAAUAUGAUGGAUGCCUAUAACUUGGCUAUAUGUUUUGGACCAACUCUGUUACCCAUCCCACCAGAUAGGGACCAGGUGUCAUUUCAAAGUAAUGUCCAUGAAGUUGUAAAGACUAUGAUAGUUCAGCAGGAAGAGCUGUUCUCUGGUGACGAUGGAGGAAUGAUGUAUGAGAAAUGUAUUUUGGAAGACAGGGAUGUAGCUGAUGAUACAGAAGGAGAACAGUCAUCAGUACACAGUGAUGAGGAGGAUGAAGAUGAUGAUUCAGAGAUCUUUGAAGCCAUAUCAUUAUAUGAUUUUGAAGGAAGAACAGAUAGAGAAUUGUCAUUUAAGAAAGGACGAUCUUUACUUUUAUAUAACAAAGUGUCUCAUGAUUGGUGGGAAGGUGUAUGUGAGGGGAAAGAAGGUCUCAUUCCUGAUAAAUAUAUACAUAUUAAACAUUUAUAUGGAUCAUCAUCUCCUUGUUUAAUAAGACCUGAAGACAAAAGAUCUUUAUUAGAUGAAGAUAAAAUGAGCAUGUCUUCUAGUACAAUAAGAAGUGUUAAAUCUGAGGACUCCAAAUCAAUGGAGAGAUCAAUUUCACAAAGUGCUCCUACACCUAAAGAAAGUAGUCCUUCAAUAGCCUCUGUUUCUUCAAGUUCUUCAUCACAAACUUCGAAGUCUGUAGAAUCAAAAGAUACUUCAUCAUCAAGUGAUUCUGUUUCAUUUUCUGUUGAUGUCCCCUCUCCAGCUCCGGCUCCAGCUCCCUCUCCAACUGACAAGAUGGAAUCAAGUGUAGAAACCACAGAGACUGUCACAACGGUUUCAUUAUGUAAUAGUGACAAAACUGUGCUGGAAGAUAAAACAACUGAAAAAACUAUUGCAGUAGAAAAAAUAACAGAAGAAUUGACAGCUGAUAUAGACAAUGCUUUGGCCGAAGUCGUUUCUGGAUUACAUAUGCUGGAGAUGCAACAGAUAAAUGAUAAAAGAUUGAGUCUACCGAACGUUAAAGCAAAACCAUCGCCAAAACAUACACCUGACUUAGUGCUAGAUCUCCCCGAGGGAUCAAACUCCUCACCAUCUGGUGAUGGUAGUGAACCAGACAGUCCUACAAGUACUGCUGAUACUUUUGCAAAAUCAAAUCAAGGGACUCUAAAGAAGGCUAAUUCAAUGCCAAGGACUUUAACUGGAGACAGGUUUUAUGCACCAUCAGGACAAGAUGUGUUGCUAGAAACAAGUUUUAUGUCUCAACAACCAUUGUUAUCCACGUUCCAUGUCAAAUCUCAACAGGCACGUACAAAAAGUGCUCCAGUAUCGCGAUCUUCUACUGAGACAAUCAUGUCAAUGAGUGUUUCAUCGAUAUCAUCUUCUGCAGUACCAGUUCCUCCUGUAUCCCUUCCUACAUCUAACUCACCAUCUACUGCUCAUACAACUCAUCAGGCAACCCCACCUCCAGUGGCUGAAAAGCCUAAACUACCACCGAAAGUCAAACCACCUGUCAUGAAGAAACCAAAUCCAGCAGAUCCUCAUAGAAAAUUUUCACUUCCCACAUCAAUGACACCAAACCCUGAUGAUUCUCAACCUCAGUGAUAGUUUAGUAGUUUAACUUUUUGCAAUUUUAUCAUAUUCAAUAUUUUAGAUAAUUUGGAAAAACAUAUUUUAUUAUUGUUAGGUUUAAAUUUUUUAUAUGAUAACACAUAAAUGUUUGGUCAUUCGUCUGAUAAUACUAUUUAAAUAUAAACUCAGAAAAUAUAAUGGAAAAAAAAAUUCACAAACUAUAUACAAUUGUCAGAUAUCAUUGAGAAAUAUUAGUUUUUAAUAACAUGAAAAUAUAUUAAUGCAGUUCAAAUGUCAAAAUAAGUUUCAUAUUUCAUAAAAUAUAAACACUGAUGUGUGCCUUUACAAAUAAACUGCUUGACAAACGUUUAUUCAAUCUAAAGCCAAAAUAACAGCAUUAAACAUGUGAAUCUAUUGGAUGUAUUUCAUUUUUUUAUGUUAUUUAAUGCCUGUCUACAGCUUAUGCUUUCAAAUUGUUUUAUGUCUUUCCUCCAUGCACUUUUUUAAUAGCACAAGAAAACGCAAUUUCUUUAAAUUAUACUAAAAUUUGAAUCUUCAAGGUAAUUGUAUAAACAAAUGUUUGGCAUUGACUUAAAUCAUUAUUUACAUUGAAAGGCAAUGUGGGACAAGUUUUUCAUUUAUUUUGCUGUUGUUAUAUAAAUUUCAUUUUGGCAAUAUAUCAUUUCAAGGUCAAUAUAUACAUACUGGUAAUAUUCUUGAUGAUGUAUGAAAUUAAGAAUCUUAGAUUUGCAUCUUUUCACAGGAGGUUGUCAUAUCUGUAUUAAAAGUAGUGUUCAAAAUAGUAACUUAAGCAGAAUGGUGCUAUUAUAUUUCUACAGUUUUACAGUACUGAGCCUCUUUUCACAAAAAAUCUUAAGAGUAAAAAUAUUCGUAAGUCACACACAUUUCAGUAUAACUUGCGUUCAAUUUUAAUUGUAAGAUUUUUUGUGAAAAGAGUCACUGAUCAGUAAUAACAUUCCUGUUCAUUAAUGUAUGGGGACAACCUUAGGCUCUCACAAAAUAUCUUAUGAUUGAAAUUGAUCGUUAGUUACACUGAAUAUUUCUGACUUUUGAGUAUUUUAUUUGUAAACUAUUUUGUGAAAAGAGUCGCUUUUUUUUGCAGGAAAUACAAACAAUUGCUUUGUCUCAAAAUUUCAAGUGGAUCUUAAUCCACAAAAUAAAAUGUCAUUUAUUUACAAUCUUUAUUUAUGAUAUUUAUUUUUAUUUCUUGCAAUGUCUCAUUUAACAUAUAUAGAGUCCUGAUUUGUCUUUUGUCAGUGUUUGCAUAAUAAUAAAAAGCAUUGAUAUAGCUUUCUGAUAAUCUUUUUUUUUAUUUAAUUUUUGUUUCAAUUUUAUGAAGCAAUUAAAUUCCAUUAAUUUGAAGCUUCAUUGAACAUUCACCCCUAAAUUUUUGUAACUUAUUAUUGACUUCACUGUUAUAUGUGAUAUAUUUUUAACCCAGCAUUUACAUUGUUGGUCAGCUGCAUUGCAGAAUCUCUUAUUUAAACUUUGGAAUUGCCGGUAGUUUCUUGAUGAUAUUUCAAGUGUAUUUUUUUUCAUAUCCACAUACUUAUACAGAAUCUCUCAAUUUUUGUGGCAUCACUUCCGAUUCUGAAUUAUAUAAAAACUCAAUAUUCCUGUCGUUCUAGAUAGAAUUGUGUAUAUAAUGGGAGAAAUAUAAGUUGUUGAAUCCUGUAGUGUGUAUUUAAGAGUUCUCUCCCCUUGUGCCAUGUAAGCAAUACAACUAAGUGCCAAACUGUUCUGGCUGCGGAGUUAUUGUUAAAUCUAGCGAGGUUAAGUAUUUAUAGCUAGUUUGUUACGCUUUUAACUUUGACCAAAUGUACAGGUGUACAUUCCAAAUGGUUUGAUCAAUACAUUUAUAGAUGUGUGUUUGAACUCUUUUAUUGCUUCAUUUAAGUAUUAUUUUCUAUUUAAUUGUAUGAAUGAACUAAAUAAAAUCAUGCCCACAUACAGGUCCAUUCAAGAAAAAAAAAGCUGUGUUUCUUUAUUCCAAUUGAAUACAAAUAUAUGUUUUAAACUAUUUUAAAAGGUAUUCUUGAAAUAAAUUGUGACUAGGCAAUAAAGAGUUGUAUUGAAUCAUCUUUAUUUGGAUGAAAAGAAUUAAACCUCUGAACAGAAAUUUUAAGAAAGAGCAUUGAAAUUAGUCUGAGCUGGAUAUAGGCAAUUUUGGGGACCAGAUGUGAUUUUGUGUAAUUUCUACGGCUGAUGUGCCUUCACUCAUUACAGUAUUUAUAUUGUAUGCAGUAGCCCUUCAUAUGUUAAAUGGAUAUGUAAUUGGAAAAAGAGAAGAUUACAUUCACAUAAUGGCAAGAUUUAUUAUUUAAGAAUAUUUGGAAUAUUAUAUAACAAUAUAUAAAAGAAAGUUCAUAUUGAUGUAAUUUGUUUUUUUAAGCUUUCCUUUUUCAUGUUUUGUUAUGUUUUGCCAUAUGCAUGUUACUUUAAAGCAUAAUGGCAAGAGGUUCCAUAUUUUGAGCAUGUUUAAAAAAAAUCUGAAAAUAUUCCAGUUUUCACUAAUUGAUUUGAAUACCAUUACUGAACCCCAUCAAUUUUGAUUUUGCAGAAAACUCUUUAAGUAAAAAUGUUUAUGACCUAAUUGUUUAUAGAAAAACAUAAAGGGUCCAAAAUUCUGCAGUUUUUCAAUUCACAUACUAACAGAUGUUUCAUAUACUGGUAACUAAUUAAAGAAUCAGAAAUAAUAGUUGUGGACAUUUUUCAUUGUGACUGUGUUUUAUAGUUUAGCUAUUUAUUAGAAAAAUCCUGUAUGUAUUUUAUAGAUAUAUAGUACAAAAAUCAGAAAUUGUUCAAAUACCUCUAUUUGUAGAAAUGUAAAUGGAAUUUCAUAGAUAUAUCACUUGAGACAUGUUGCAUUAUUUUUAGAACUAAAUUAAAUAGAUAUUCAUCUGAAAUUUUUUGCUUGUAAAUCUUCACUAAUUAGAUGUUUCAUAUUCUUUGUUUAUGUGCAAUUUUAUGUUUUAAUAACAUGUACAAAAAGAGAAUUAAUAAAAUACAGAUAGAAAUGUAAUGUUAAUGCCCGUUGUGUAUUAUGUACUAAAAAAUAAUAAAAUAUUAUAAACAAAGCAGUGAUCAAAUGAACUAAGCAGUCAGUUAUGUUAUGUUAUACAUCAAGUGAUCAAGUUUCUUCAGUGUCGACAUAAAUGUGUUUAAUGGUAGAAAUACAGAUUGUUUUUCAUUUAAUUGUUGAUAACUUGUAGCAUUAUUUUACUUAAAAUGAGAGAUCUGCAAGUUUGCUUCUGCUCAUCUCCAAAAUGGUUCAGGAUGCUUCAUCAGUUGUUUAUUGGUCAAAGUUGUAUUUUGUUGACUUCAAAUGGUGCUUUUUGACAGGUUAACUGUUACAUUAAAAUGUGUAGUAUUUGAAAGUACUUAGUGAGUAUGUGUUCACAGAUUUUGUUGGUAUACACUAUUGUCAUUACUGUGGAGAAAAGUUGACAGUAGAUACUACAGGGAAUAUAUUCAAACCACUUGGUCUGAGAAAUUUUAUGGAAAUUGAAAACAUCACGGAUAGUUUGCCUAGAAUAAAUGACUUUGAGAAAUAUUUGGAAUUGAAAACUUGUAUAAGGAAACCUAUGUAGCUCAUCUGGUUCAAAUAACUAUUUAGGGAUAGCCAUCACUUUGCAUCCUAUAAAAUCAUUCACUUAUUUGACACAUUUUCAUUUUUCCCCCUCAAAUUGCUUGCCUACUUGUAUUAUUAAUGGAACAGAUAUCUAGUGGUGUCUACUUCCACCAGUGGCUCUAAUUGCAGAGAUUUUAUAUAACUCUUAACUCACAUUUACAAUUUAAACCACAUUUCAAUGCAAUCUGUAGAGCUAGACGUAUUAAAUGGACACACGUCUAUUGUUGAAGACCAAAAUGAGACCUUUAGUUUUUGAUUUUUUGUUUUUGGGUUGCUGUCUCAUUGAUAUAUAUAUAUCCUGUUUCUUCUUUUAUUCAUAUUUUUAUGAUGUGAAAUCCAAGAUGACCACCAGUAUGUGACUACUUAUCAAGAUUAAAUGAAAACACAUUUUUUCUAAGAAAUUUUUUUCUCCCAUAAAAUCCCAGUUACAUAAAUCCUUUAGGAUAAGUAUUUAAAUGAUGUGUAAUUGGAUAACAUAUCUCACAAAAUAUGAUCUAAAUAUCACAAAUAAGGACACAUUAAAAGUAAUUUUCAUGGCUAUAAAGGUGACUGAUACAGGUUUAUUGGAAGCCUUAGAUUAAAUGGUUAAAACCCAUUUUAAUUUUUCAAAAAUCUGUAUUUGUUUUAGCAAAAAUAUUUGACAGUAGAAAGGUUAUCUCAUAUGUAAUAAAAUGAGAAGUUUUGUUGGCAUGAUUUUUCUGUUAUCAUAAAUCAAAAUGAAAUGAGGAAUUGUUAAGCUUCCACAUAGUCCAUUUAUCUGUUAUAGAAAAUUUUAUGUCAAAUUCAAUCAAAAUACAAGACCUGAAAGACAAUUUUUAUCAACAACAAAAAAAUGAAAUGGAAUAAAGUAUAUAUUCAUAAUUUAUGUAACACAGAAUAUUAAAGGACAUUAUAAAAAAAUGUGAUAUGCAGAUAUCUGUAGCCAGGAAGGACUUUCAAUAAGUUAAUAUUGUUUACAUAUGGCAUAAUGUUAAAACAUCUUUCAUUCUUGAUGCUCUUAAAACAAGAAUGACUUUUUUAUUGUGAAUAUGAUUGGAUAAUCUAGAAUGUAGUUAGACCAAUGAAAAUAGAAGUUAGUAGACAUAGGUAUACAUUGGUUCAUUUAAUGCUCAUAAUAUAGGUACAAAUGUAUAUGCAUGCUUUUUACCGUGAAUAAAAGAUAUGAAAUCUU